UCGUUUGAUUACUUUUCGAUGCUUCCGCUCGUAUCCGUUUCUCUCUAUCUCUCACACUCUCUCACUCGCAGAGAUCGUACUCGCGGACUACAUUUAUCAAAGACGAGUAGGGUUUGUUCUGGUGCCACGGUCACCCGCGUUUGAGCAAUUCGAUUUCUUUUUUCUUAAUUUCGCAGUGUUUCUCGAGGAGUUCGUUUGGAGAACAUGCGUGUCGACUUCGUUAGUUGCCCGCACUAGGCCCAACUCAUUCACUUAAAAUUCGUGUGCCGAAGGACUCGAAAAGGUAUUUUUGCGUGAUCGAGCUGGCUGGGUUUGGAUCCAAACACAUAAGCUACAAGUUUUCUGCUGAAAUGGAGUCAGUUUUGGAGAACGAUAGCGAGGAUCCGGCCAAAAAGGUUCAGUUAUCGACGUCCUCAGAGAAAUCGACGGAUGCUUCCGUUGGAGUUUCAAAAAAAUCAUCGAAAAUGGUAAAACCUAGCGAAAUAACACCGAUUGCUUCGACCAAGAAACGAACAGAAGGUGCUGGUCCAGCAGAUAAGAUUGCCAACAGGUCUAAGUCUACUUUAACCAAAACCGCUGUGAACUCAAAUGCAUUGCCGAGGAGAAGUAGCACUGGGGGCAUGGCACUGAAACAGCCAUCUUCUGCUACAAAACGAAAGGAAAAUGGAACUCCAGCUGAGGCUAAAAAGAUCGCUCCUUCGCUUUCUGAUCCUGGAAAGAGAAGCAGCAGCCUUGAGAGCAGACGUUCAUCACUGCCUUCUGUUAGCUCGAAAAUACCUGCCUCCGUAAAACGUUCAGAGACGUUAAAGUCAUCUCCCAUGUCAAGGUUAUUAUCCAAGUCUGACAGUACCAAGGCAGACUUGACAAGGAAGCCGUCCAUCAAACCAUCAUCACCAUCACUUUCAGCUUCUUCCUCAAGAAGGAUUACCUCAUCUUCAGUGGAUGAUCCCAAUGGCCGCGGUAGUCUCAGAAGAGUCACUAACAAUGUAUCUUCUCCAUCGGGGCGCUCACCUUCAAUUAUGAGUAGCUCUAAAAUGAGGUCAACAUCUUCAUCUGUUGAUAGGAGUUCGUCUUUAUCAGGCCGGAAGAAGACUUCAUCUUCUGAGAGUCGUGAUUCUCGCUUCAUGAUGCUUCCACAGGUCGAUGUCAAGGCUGGUGAUGAACUGCGGCUUGAUUUAAGAGGACACAGAGUUCGCAGCCUUAGUGCCUUGACUUUGUCACCAAAUCUAGAGUUUGUUUAUCUCAGGGAUAACCUUCUAUCAUCCGUAGAGGGCAUUGAGAUUUUAAAAAGGUUGAAGGUGCUUGACCUUAGUUUUAAUGAUUUUGAAGGACCUGGUUUUGAGCCUCUUGGAAAUUGCAAAGGACUUCAGCAACUUUAUCUUGCUGGAAAUCAAAUAACAUCGCUUGCUACUCUUCCUCAACUUCCAAAUUUGGAGUUUCUCUCAGUUGCUCAGAACAAGUUAAAGUCACUUACCAUGGCUAGUCAACCACGGCUGCAGGUAUUGGCAGCUAGCAAAAAUAAGAUAUCAACUUUGAAGGGCUUUCCACAUUUACCACUUCUGGAGCAUCUGCGUGUCGAGGAGAAUCCUAUACUAGAGAUGCCUCACUUAGAAGCAGCUUUGAUACUACUUAUUGGUCCUACACUUAAGAAGUUCAACAACCGUGAUAUUUCUCCUGAAGAACUAGAAAUUGCAAAGCUAUACCCAGCACAUACAGCUUUGUGCAUUAAGGAUGGAUGGGAAUUUUGCCGUUCGGAGAUUGCUGAAGAGUCAACAUUUUCAUUCCUAUUUGAUCAAUGGAAGGAUAACAUUCCUCCUGGAUACAUGCUUAAACAAGCUUCAAUUGAUCAGCCAUUCGAAGAAGAUAUCUGCCGCUGCCACUUUAACUUUGUCAACUUAAGCAGCAACUCUGAGCUGGUCCUUAAGCACCAAUGGCUUAUAGGAGAAAGAACUCUCUCUAGCUUUGUACCUAUUGCAGAUGCUGUAGACGAGGUUUACUGGCCAAAGCACUCGGACAUUGACAAAUAUUUGAAGGUUGAGUGCACUCCAAUCAUGAAUGGUGUUGAGUACCCUUCGGUUUUUGCUGUAUCAUCACUUGUUUCCCCAGGAACUGGAUAUCCUAAAGUUCUGAAUUUGAGUGUCCAUGGUGAGCUUGUGGAAGGAAAUGUGAUAAGAGGUUCUGCUGAGGUUGCAUGGUGUGGUGGAACCCCAGGUAAAUGUGUGGCAAGCUGGUUGAGACGAAGAUGGAAUGGUAGCCCUGUUGUAAUAGUUGGAGCUGAAGCUGAGGAGUACACGCUAACUUUAGAUGACAUUGAUUCAAGUUUGGUUUUCAUGUACACUCCAGUUACAGAAGAAGGUGUCAAGGGAGAGCCACAGUAUGCAAUGACUGACUUCAUAAAAGCAGCUGCACCUUCAGUCAAUAAUGUGCAGAUUAUAGGAGAUGCUGUUGAAGGAAACGUGAUAAAAGGAGUUGGAGAAUAUUUUGGGGGAAAAGAAGGACCAAGCAGGUUCAAGUGGUUAAGAGAGAGUAAAGAUUCAAGCAUUUGUGAACUAGCAUCAUCUGGUACAAGUGAAUAUACAUUGACCAAAGAAGAUAUUGGAAGACGCCUGGUGUUUAUUUAUAUACCCAUCAAUUUUGAAGGUCAGGAGGGAAAAUCAACAUCUGCCACUACAGAAAUUGUAAAGAAAGCCCCUCCAAAGGUAACCAAUUUAAAGAUCAUUGGAGAUCUUAGAGAGGGAAACAAAGUUACUGUUAGUGCUCUUGUCACUGGGGGAACUGAGGGAUCUAGUAGAGUCCAAUGGUUCAAAACAACUUCCCCAAAGUUGGAAGUUGAAAAUUUUCUUGAAGCAGUUAGUACCUCCAAAAUUGCAAAGGCAUUUCGUAUUCCCCUUGGUGCUGUUGGGUACUAUGUUGUUGCAAAAUUUACUCCUAUGGCUCCUGAUGGCGAAACUGGUGAACCUGCAUAUGCUAUAUCAGAGAAUGUCGUUGAGACCCUUCCACCAAGCCUUAAUUUUCUAUCUGUCACUGGUGACUUUUCCGAGGGUGAGAUGUUGACAGCAUCAUAUGGUUACAUUGGGGGCCACGAGGGAAAGAGUGUCUACAGUUGGUAUCUCCAUGAAAAUGAAACCGAUGUAGGUGCCUUAAUACUGGAGGCAUCAGGACUUCUUCAGUACCGGAUAACAAAAGAUGCAAUUGGCAAAUUUGUCUCUUUUAAAUGCACUCCUGUAAGAGAUGAUGGUAUUAUUGGUGAACCAAGAACUUUUAUUGGACAAGAACGAGUUCAUCCAGGAAGUCCAAGAGUGCUUUCCCUUAAGAUAAUUGGUGAGGCUGUUGAAGGAAACACAUUGAUUGCUGACAAGAAAUAUUGGGGUGGUGAAGAAGGUGAUUCUGUCUUCCGUUGGUUCCUGACUAGUCCUGAGGGCAUCCAAAGUGAAAUUGGAGGUGUUACAACUUCAUCAUAUACCAUAACAAUCAAUGAUAUUGGCUUUCUCAUAUCUGUUUCGUGUGAACCUGUUAGAAGUGAUUUGGCUCGUGGUCCUAUUGUCAUUUCUGAAUACAUUGGUCCCAUAGUACCUGGGCCACCAACUUGUCGUAAUCUCAAGUUUCAUGGAACAAUGACUGAAGGAGGGCGCUUGAGCUUUAUUGCUGAAUAUAGUGGAGGUGAACAAGGAAACUGCAUCCAUGAAUGGUUCAGGGUGAAGAGUACUGCAGCAAAAACAAAAGUUACUGGUGCUGAGUAUCUAGAUCUGACUAUUGACGAUGUUGGUGAACGCAUUGAGCUGGUUUAUACACCAGUUCGGAAGGAUGGAACAACAGGAACUCCGAAGAUCAUUAUUUCAGAUAUCAUAGUUCCUGCGGAUCCAAAAGGUAUUGAUCUUGUCCAGCCAAGCUGUUGUGAGGAUGAGGAAGUUGCUCCCCUUAAAUCAUACUAUGGUGGAAAGGAAGGAACUGGGAAAUAUAUUUGGUACAGAACCAAAGAGAAGAUAGAUGAGUCGGAACUUUUGAAUAGAGUUUCUGUCACUGAUGAUAUUCUUGUUGUUGGAGAAACCCUAACAUACACACCGUCACUUGAAGAUGUUGGUUCUUACCUGGCCCUUCACUGGGUGCCUACACGUGCAGAUGGGAAACAAGGUGCUCCAUUAGUUGCUUUUAGCAGCCAACCGGUCAUGGCAGCUCUUCCUUCUGUUUCGGAAGUACACAUAAAGCUUCUUAAUUCAGGUGUAUAUGCUGGAGAGGGAAAAUAUUAUGGUGGAUAUGAGGGAUCAAGCCUCUAUAGUUGGUAUAGAGAAAGUAAAGAAGGAACUAUUGUCCUUAUCUCCGAGGCUAAUUCCACCACCUAUGAGGUUACAGAUUCAGAUUAUAAUUGCCGUCUAUUAUUUGGCUACACUCCUGUUCGUUCUGAUGCAGUUGUAGGAGAACUUAAGUUAUCAGAACCAUCUGAAAUAAUUCUUCCAGAGAUUCCAAAAAUUGAGAUGCUUUCUUUCAAAGGAAAAGAAGUUGAGGGUGAAAUACUUACGGCUGUUGAAGUAAUUCCUAAGAGUGAUAUUCAACAUCAUAUCUGGAACAAGUACAAGAAAGAGAUUAAGUACCAAUGGUUUUCCUCGAUAGGAGAUGGGGAGCACCAGUCCUUUGAAAUAUUGCCAUCUCAACUAUCUUCCUCUUAUAAGGUGCGCUUUGAGGAUAUUGGCAGAUGUUUCAAAUGUGAAUGCACUGUAACAGAUGUGUUUGGAAGAUCAAGUAAUACUGUGUCAGCACAAACAUCUGCUAUAUUGCCAGGUAUUCCCAAAAUUGAUAAGUUGGAGAUUGAAGGAAGAGGCUUCCACACAAACUUGUAUGCUGUUCGAGGCAUCUAUAGCGGUGGGAAAGAAGGCAAGAGCAGAAUUCAGUGGCUUAGGUCAAUGGUUGGAAGUCCUGAUCUAAUCUCAAUACCUGGUGAGACAAGUAGGAUGUAUGAAGCUAAUGUUGAUGACGUAGGAUAUAGACUUGUGGCUGUUUAUACUCCAGUAAGAGAAGAUGGAGUCGAGGGACAGCCUGUUUCUGCAUCAACAGACCCAAUUUCAGUUGAGCCAGAUGUUUACAGAGAAGUGAAGCAGAACUUGGAGCUUGGAUCUGUGAAGUUUGAGGCAUUGUGUGAGAGAAACCGGUCUGCAAAGGAGGCUCCAGGAGCAGGAAAUCUUGAGAAAAGAAUUCUAGAAGUCAACAGGAAGAGAGUCAAGGUUGUUAAACCUGGUUCUAAGACUUCAUUUCCAAAUACCGAAAUCCGUGGAACAUAUGCUCCUCCUUUUCAUGUUGAACUUUAUCGCAAUGACCAACACCGAUUCAAGAUUGUGGUUGAUGGUGAGAAUGAAGUGGACUUGAUGGUGCAAACUCGACAUAUGCGGGACGUCAUUGUUCUUGUGAUAAGAGGAUUCGCACAACGGUUCAACAGCACAUCCCUUAAUUCUCUUCUCAAGAUAGAGACAUGAUGCAUGCGGUAUUAGAAGUCGAGAAUGUGAGGGUGCUCCUUCAGUAUGCUUUUCACAGUGCAUAGUGAGCAAAUUUCUGCUCAAAUUGCUGCAUCUAUGUUGGAGUCUUUCAUCCUAUUGAGAUUGUGUUGAAGCCAGUCUUGGAAGGGUUCUCAUUAUGAUUGUUGUGCCAUUGACUUGUACAUCCUUGGGUGAGAUGCAUAAUGUCCCAAUCUGAGGAAGCUAAGAUCCAAGGAAGUACUUUUCAUCAAGCAUUCACCCUUUGACCUCUAUACUUUAUCCACUGACACUUUGCACUUGUUUGCUGUAAAUUGGGGUGCUUUGAUGAUUUGUUGUGUAUAUAAAAUGUACAGUGAGCCAGGAGCUUGUUGUGUGGAGUCCCAAAGGAUUGUUUUAGUACAAUUUAUGUAUUAUCCUUGCUGUUUCAUAUAUUUCAACAACAGUGAUUUC